CCGCCCCUCCUCCCCAGACCGCGGGCCAGGCCACCGAAGGGGCGGAGGACGCGGAGCGCUCUCACCCGGUCAGCCCGGGAAGAUGGCCCGGGCCCAGGGAGCCGCUCCCACGCGCCGCGGUCCCCUCCCCUGAGCAGGCCAGGCCCCCUUCCCUGGCGCAACGCGGGAUGGCUCGGUGGCCACAAGGGAACAGCUCUGCGCCCUGGGGGCCCGGGGUGCCCACCUUGGCGCCCAGCAGCGCCGACCCCAGUGGGCUGUCCGGAGUGCCGUGGGCGGCGGCGCUGGCCGGGGCGCUGUUGGCACUGGCCACCGCGGCGGGCAACCUGCUGGUCAUCGUGGCCAUCGCGCUCACGCCGAGACUGCAGACCAUCACCAACGUGUUCGUGACCUCUCUGGCCACAGCAGACUUGGUGAUGGGCCUCCUGGUCGUACCGCCCGCAGCCACCUUGGCGCUAACCGGCCACUGGCCCCUAGGCGCCACCAGCUGCGAGCUGUGGACGUCGGUGGAUGUGCUGUGCGUCACGGCCAGCAUCGAGACACUGUGCGCGCUGGCGGUGGACCGCUACCUGGCGGUCACCAACCCUCUGCGCUACGGCGCCCUGAUCACCAAAAGGCGCGCGAGGGCGGCCGUGGUGCUGGUGUGGGUGGUGUCGGCCGCCGUGUCCUUUGCGCCCAUCAUGAGCCAGUGGUGGCGCGUGGGGGCAGACGCCGAGGCGCAGCGCUGCCACUCGAACCCGCGCUGCUGCGCCUUCGCCUCCAACGUGCCGUACGCGCUGCUCUCCUCCUCCGUCUCCUUCUACCUUCCGCUGCUGGUGAUGCUCUUCGUCUACGCGCGAGUCUUCGUCGUGGCGACGAGCCAGCUGCGCCAGCUGCGCGGGGAGCUGGGCCGCUUCCAGCCCGAGGAGCCUCCGCCUGCGGCGCCCGGCUCUGCGCCCCCCGCCCUGCCGCCGCCGUGCGCUCCACCGGGCGAGGAGCCCUCCUCCCGGCGGCCCGCGCGUCUCCUGCCCCUCCGGGAGCACCGGGCCCUGCGCACACUGGGGCUCAUCAUGGGCACCUUCACUCUCUGCUGGUUGCCCUUCUUUGUGGCCAACGUGGUGCGCGCCCUCGGGGGCCCCGCUCUCGUUCCCAGCUCGGUUUUCCUCGCCCUGAACUGGCUGGGCUACGCCAACUCCGCUUUCAACCCGCUCAUCUACUGCCGCAGCCCCGACUUCCGCAGCGCUUUCCGCCGCCUGCUGUGCGCCUGGGGCCGUCGCCGCACCCCCAGCACCUCGCUGCGGUCCCCAGGCACCUCGACCCUGCAGCCCAGGCCCGCCUCGCGGAGUCCCAAUAGUGCUUGCUGCUUGAUGGUCUGCAUGAACAAAGAAGGCCAUCCCUGGGUCUCUUCCGUGGUGCCCAAGAUCCGAAUGCAGAUCUCACGGGAUCCCUCUCUGAACUAUGAGUACUCGCCUGCGAUGGGCAUGAAAACAUUCAUCCAAGCCUCCUUGGAACUCCUCUUUGGAAAAAGCAACCAAGCCAUUGCACAGAACAGGAUAGGGGGUUUGCACACAGUUGGUGACAGUGGUGCUUUCCAACUUGGUGCCCAGUUCCUCAAAACUUGGCGCCAGAAUUCUCAGAUAGUUUACAUCAUUUCUGCACAAAAAGAAUUUCAUGGACUUAUCUUCCAAGACAUGGGCUUUGUAGUUCAUGAAUACUCCUUCUGGAACUCCAGCAAACUGUGCAUCGACCCACACAUAAUCUUCGAUGUAUUGGAGCAAGCCCCACAGGGCUGUGUCUUCGUGAUAGGGAACUUGAGCAAUUGCAAGCUGACACACAACCAGUGGGUAAAGUUGAUGUCUAUCAUGAAGGUAAGUCCAAACUCCCACCCAACUUUCCUCUCUCUCUCUCUCUCUCUUCUCUCUCUCACUAUAUACCAUCUGCUGCUCUUCCAGUCUCAUCCUUCUUCAUUCUCCUUUCUCCUACAGAACAAACAGAUAUUCCCAUUUUUUGACAUUCCAUCUCAAGGUUUCAUCACAGGUGACUUGGAAGAAGAUACUAGAUUCUUACAGUACUUUUUGUGUUGUGAAUUUGAGUUUUUCUGCAGUCAGUCUCUGUCCAGGAACUUUGGCAUUUACGAUGAAGGAGUGGGGAUCCUGGUCGUGGUGGCACUCAACAACGAGCUCCUGCUGUGUGCCCUCUCCCAGUUGCUCACUUUUGCCAGGUCCCUGUGGCUAAACCCUCCUACCAUGGGUGCUCGCAUCAUCACCACCAUCCUCCGUAACCCUACUCUGCAAGAACAAUGGAAGCUGAGUCUAAAAAGGGUUGUAGAGAACAUCAUGUUGAUCAAAGAAAAAGUGAAGGAGAAGUUGCGGCUUCUGGGAACUCCUGGCUCCUGGGAACACAUCACUGACCAGAAUGGGACCCAUUGCUAUCUGGGACUCAGUCAUCCCUCUCAACUCCUAAAAAUAUCUCACAAUCAUCCUGGGUCAGGGGAGGGGGCCUAGAAAUGGCCACCCCCAAGAUCUGACAAUUUUUGGUAAUCACCAGCCCAGCAGCUGGAAUACCUGGUCACAAAGAAGCACAUCUAUGUCCCCAAGAGUGGUCGGAUCAACUUCACCUGCAUUAAUACCAACAACAUAGACUACAUUGUCAACAGCAUCAAUGAAGCAGUACUCUUCUCAGGAAGCUGAAAAUUACCUUCAUAACGCAAAAGAUUUUGGACUGGGAAUUAAAACUUUUAAUCUUUGCAAAAAUAAAAUAAUACUAA